GAAAGAUAUUUACUAUAUUUUGUUUAUAUUUUAUGUUUUCUAAGAAUAAAUUGGUUUUUCAGAUAUUUCAGACAAAAAUAAGCAUCCUAUUUUUGCAACUGUCUUUAAGUAGUACAAUAUUCACCAUUGUGGGAGCACAAAUAUUUAACGACAAGCUGAAUGUUGAUGCAGCUAGUUAUCGAUUACCAGAAAACAUAAUACCGCGACAUUAUAACAUAAGUAUGUCAUUACCAGCCCAUUUAGAACAGUUGGAUAUUGGUGAAUGUGCUAUCGAUAUCGAGAUUUCUAACGCAACAUAUCACAUACGCUUACAUUCCUUGGAUCUACACAUAUAUAAAGAGCAGACUAGAUUGGUUAGGAAGGAUGGUAGAGAAUUUAAACCUAUAGGACACAUAUACAAUUCAUCAAUGCAUAUUCUAAAAUUGCAAUUUUAUAAUAAGAUACGACCUGGGUUUUAUACUCUGGAUAUAAAAUAUACUGUCAAACAGUCCCUUGGAAAGAAACCUGGCUUUAUUUUUAAAGAAUUUUUGGUCAAAGAAAUGAAUAAAACGAAACCUGAAACUCGUAGAAAGCUACUGGCAACAGCAUUCCAGUCAAUUGAAGCCCGUCGAGUGUUUCCUUGUUGGGACGAACCGGCUUUAAAAGCAACCUUUGAGAUUAACAUAAAUCACCAUAAAACAUACAAAGUCUUAUCAAAUGUACCGACAACAAACGUUAUAACAGAUGCGAUUAAAGAAAACUACCUGUGGACAUCCUUUAACAUCACUUCCAUGAUAUCUACUCGUGACGUUGCAAUUGCUAUUACUGAUGCAAUGGGAAAUUCUAAUAAAUGUGAUAUUGUCAAUCAAUGGAGCAGAUUUCACUCCCAAUACAUACUUAUACAAUUUGCAACUGAUAUCAUGGAUUACAUCUUUAAUGAACAAUGCGAUUUUUUCGAUUGGAAAGUUGAUGUCAAUAUAUUUCAAUUAAAAGAAAUUGUAAUUCCGGGUAUCGAACAUGAUGUUAUCGGAAAACCGGGCCUUAUAAUUUAUAAUUGCAGAGAAGAACUUUUUAUAUACGAUGCAGAAAUAGAUAAUGUUGCGCACAAAAUGGAGAUAGCACGUGCUAUAGCACAUGGAAUAACGCAUCACUGGUUAGACCCUGUAAUCCCAUCAUUCUGGUGGUCUCACCAAUGGUUAAACGAAGCGUUUAUUAUUCUGUCCCGCACAGAAAUUCUCAAUCAGGUAAUUACUGCUUUUCCGGAAUGGCGGCUGCUAGACUUGUUUGUGGUUCAGAUUCAACAUGAAGCUUUGCAUUUAGACAUAGAUUUCUGCAUAGAGCCUCUUACAUCUGCUAUCACACCUGCGAUGUUGCGUAUGUUACAACAUGUAAUUAGCUCUGGGGGAUUCAAGCAGUUGUCUAAAAUGUAUUUAAAUAUGUCGCCAUUCUCACCCGGUAAUUUGUUGUUUGCGAUGCACGUUUAUUUAAAUAUAUCUGAGAAGUAUUACAUAUAUUCGAUAAAAGAUAUGGACGAAUGGAUAACUCAAAGCAGUUAUCCUAUAGUGGAAGUGAUACGUACUAAUAGCAGUACAGUAUUAAUAAGGCAAUAUCCUUAUUACCUAAAUAGAGAUAGCAUCUUGGACAAUAAAGUGUCGGAUAAGAGACGCAUACCUAUUACUGUUACUACAAAGAGCACACUAAAUUGUUUUAACACUAAACCUCAUUACUGGCUGAUUCCACGGUUUCAAGAAAAUAUUACUGUUCAUAUUAAUGAAUCUGAUUGGAUAAUAGUCAACUUACAACAAAUUGGAUACUAUCGCGUAAUAUACGAUCACAUAAAUUGGAAACUAAUCACGAAUUAUCUGAACUCCGAAGAAUAUAAAAACAUACAUAUUCUUAAUCGUGCUCAACUCAUCGACGAUGCGUAUCAUUUUUGGGUGGCAAAUCGGCUUAAGUACGAAAUGUUCAAGGAAAUCACCCAGUACUUACACCAAGAGACAGACUAUGUAGCAUGGUAUCCCAUGUUUCAAGCUCUCAGAUAUAUAUCACAAUUCUUACCAUUUCAAGAAAUUGAACCUCUGAAGAGCCACGUGCAAUACAUUUUGGGAGGGUUGCUUUCUCAAACAGGCUACGUGGAGGAAUCCAAUGAGGCAGAUCUCAACAAGUGUCUCAGACAAGAGGCUGCAAGGUGGGGAUGUACUUUCGAUGUUUUGGAAUGUCAGCGUAAUGCCACUGACAAAUUGCUGGAGCACCUAAAAAAUCCCAACAGCAGCAGAGUUUCGCCAGAUUGGAAGGACUGGGUAUAUUGCAAAGGUUCUAUGGGAGCGAAGGUAGAGACUUUGAACGCUAUGGUGAAAUAUUUGUCAAGCAUGAAUAUAUCUUUUAAUAGAAGUUUUGAAUAUCUUUCAUGCUCUGAAAGAUAUUGUGAUGAAGUCGUGCACUACUUAUAUAAUGGAUCGGUACAGAAUAUAAUAAAUGAUAUACCAAAUAGUACCUACAUUCUUUAUCAGUGUGUCGCAAGUCAUGCAAAGCGCUAUAUAGACAAGUUACCGACACAUUUUGAUAUAUACAAUUAUAUAAUUCCCGAAAAACUUAAGCUAUUCAGUAUCAUUAUUAAUCAUUUGCAGUCCGAUUAUGAAAUGUACAAGUUGAAGAUAUUUGUAGAAGGCAUUUCAUGGAGAAUGAAAGCCGAGGAUGUGUCAAAGAUAGGGUUUGCUGAAAAGACACGCUUGUACAAUAUCAACAAUGGGAAAAACAAAUUAGUAGAAUUGAUGGAAAAAUAAACAAAACUGAAUUAGGAUUCAGUCUGCAAAAAAUAAAGACACAUGUGCACUUGUGUGGCUUUAUUAAAAGUAAUAUUCCGCUCGAGCAGACAAAUUUCAUUCGCGAUAAUGUGAGUAAUAAAUAAUUGCAAAGUACUAACUAUAGUUCGUAUUUUAUUAUUAUACAUACAUA